AUGAGAUUCCUAAAAUUGUUAUUAAAUAUUGACGUAAUAUUGAUCUCAAGAACGGUUUCUUGCAUCGAUAAUAAUUUAGAAAUUAUUGAUCGUUUACCCAACAAUACGAUACCUAUUCAUUAUAACAUUAAUUUGACACCGUAUCUCGAAGAAGGCAACUUUACUUUUCACGGUGAAUCCAAUGUCAAUAUCGAGAUUCGUUAUAAAUCGUCAAAAAUAAGCUUACAUUCGAGAGAUUUAGAAAUAAAUAAAACAGCGACAACAUUGAUUAAUGACAAAGAUACGGUUUAUAAACCGAUGAAACAUAUUCAUAAUAAUGUAACGAACAUUUUGACACUGAAUUUUAACAAUGUAUUAUUACCUGGCCUUUAUAUCUUAAACAUGAAAUUUUCUGGUAAUCUAUUACCUGUAUCUCGGCAAAGAGGUUUUAUAAAAUUUCCGUACACAAUUGAUAAAGGAAACGAUACUAAAUGGUUAGCUGCAACGCAUUUUGAGCCGAAUGGUGCCAGACGAACAUUUCCAUGUUGGGACGAGCCAGCAUUAAAAGCAACCUUCAACAUUUCUGUAAAGCAUCAUCAAAAGUAUGGUGUAUUGUCGAAUAUGCCAAUACAACAGCAAUUUUUAGAACAAGAUGGCAUGAUGCAGACACACUUUGACAUCACUCCUAUAAUGUCUACUUAUAUCGUAGCGAUUGUAAUGUCCGAUUUUGUCCGCGUUCCCAAUGCAAACAAGACGAUCAAUAUGUGGUGCAAGUCGUCUUUGACAUCGAAAGUAAAAUUCGCACAUGGUAUUGCUGAAAAGGUCGUAAAAUUCUUAAUUCAAUAUACCAAUAGUUCUCAGAAGGUACCGAAAAUGGAUCACGUCUUGAUAUCGAAUUUUACAGUUGGUGGCAUGGAAAAUUGGGGUCUCAUCAUUUAUCAUGAAUCAAAAAUUAUCUACGAUGAUAGCAGCAAUCCAAUAUAUCGGAAAACAGAAAUAGCGUUGACAAUAGCACACGAACUUGCACAUCAAUGGUUUGGCAAUUUGGUUACUCCAUCUUGGUGGUCUUAUCUGUGGUUAAGCGAGGGAUUUGCUGCGUUCUUUGAAACGUACAUAAUAAACAAGGUCAAUUAUUAUUCAUUUUAGAUUAUUUUCCAAGAUUGGCGGUUAAUGGAUUUUCUUUUAAUUCGGACAGUACAACGAUGUUUUCUUAAAGAUAUAGGUUCAAUGAAUUCUGUCACAUUGAAACUUGGCAAUACUCUCGAAAAGAAAUCGCUGUUUUCUGAUGAAGUUUAUAAAAAAGCGCCAGUUUUAUUGCGCAUGUUACUUAAUACAAUUACUGAUGAGGUAUUUAGAAAUGGUCUCAUUACGUAUUUGACCACGCAUCAAUUUAGCUCAGCCAGUCCAGAUGAUUUGUGGAGCGCCAUGCAAAGCGCUCUAGAUGAAUCUGAUGUCCCACAUAAAGAUUAUAGAAUAAAAGAAGUGAUGGAUACUUGGAUAAAUCAAAAGCGUUAUCCUUUUGUAGACGUGGUAAGAAAUUACGAAACUGGCGAAGUGACAAUAUCACAAACAUGUGUUUGGCAAUAUGGUGAGACUGAGAAUAAAACUACUAAAUGGUGGAUCCCUAUAACUUUCGCUACUCAGUCCAAUCCAGAUUUUUCCAAUACUGUACCUCGUUAUUGGUUACGACCAGAUCAACAUAAUAUAAGUUUUACAAUUAAUUCAAGCGAUUGGAUUAUUCUCAAUUUACAACAAACUGGGUAUUACCGUGUUAGUUAUGAUGUCAAGAAUUAUCAAAAAAUUGCACAUUAUUUAAAUAGUAAAGAAUAUAAAAAUAUACAUGUUGUUAAUCGUGCUCAAAUCAUCAUUGAUUUGCUUACUAUGGUGUUUGCUGAUCGAAUAAACGGAUAUUUAUUCGUUCAUCUGAUAAGUUAUCUCUUUCAAGAAAGAGAAUAUGCAGCAUGGCAACCAUUAUUUCAAAUGAUAAAAAGUAUAUCAAAGAUUCUUUUACAGCCAGAGUUCUAUCAUAUUAAGGUAGGACUNNNACAACUCCUUGAGAGACUUCUUUACUAUGUAGGAUACGUAGACAAUACUAAUGAUGAUGAUAUCACAAAACUGACAAGACUAAACGCCUUAAAAUGGGCAUGUACUCUUGGUCACGAGGAAUGCAAGAAAAUGACUGCACUUAAAUUAAGUGAACAUCUCGUAGAUCCUAAAACUUACAAAAUUUCAUAUGAGGAGAAAUUUAUGUACUGUAUUGGUAUGAUGGCAGCCAAUAGGACUACUUGGGAUAAAAUGUUGGAAUUAUAUCUAAAAGACAAAAAAUUUAAAAAACAAAUAUUAAAAAGUUUGAGUUGCGCUGAAGAUCCUGAUAUCAUUAUCAAUUACUUAAAUAUUAUAUCAUUGAAUACUUCAUUAUUUCACGAUGAUGAGCAUUCUUUUGUUUUUAAGAAAAUUCUUGAGAAGUAUGCGAGCAACGACAAAAUCCGUGACUAUGUAUUAAAAAAUUUGGAGAUUAUAAAACCUAGAUCAUUUACUACAACUGCAACGAUAGAACUUAUUCUUGCGAAUGUUUAUUCUAACGAACAGAUUGACAAGAAUACGAUACCAAUUCGAUAUAACAUUCAUCUAACAACGUAUCUCAAAGAAGGCAACUAUACUUUUUACGGUGAAUCCAAUAUCAAUAUCAAAAUUCGUUAUGCAUCAUCAAUAAUAAGCUUACAUUCAAGAGAGUUAGAAAUAAUUGAAACGUUGACAACAUUGAUUAAUGACAACGGUACGAUUUAUAAACCAAUGAAACAUACUCAUAACAAUGUAACUGACAUUUUGACACUGUCUUUUAAUGAUGUACUAUCGUCCGGUCUGUACAUCCUGAAUAUGAAAUUUAUCGGUUAUUUCUCAGAACCUUCCGAAAAACUGGGUUUUAUAAAAUUUUCGUACAUAGACAUUGAGGAAAAAAAAUUAGCGUUCGCUGUAACACAUUUCUCGCCGAAUGGCGCCAGACGAAUGUUUCCAUGUUGGGAUGAACCAGCAUUAAAAGCCACCUUCAAUAUCUCCGUAAUGCAUCAUGCACAAUAUACACUACUAUCAAAUAUGCCAGUAGAAGAAAUAUACGACAAAAAAGAUGAUAUGAGAACGACAUAUUUCAAGAUUACUCCUAUAAUGCCUACUUAUACCGUAGCGAUUGCGAUGUUACAAUUCAUCAGCUUUUCGUCAUUAGUACAUGAAACUAUCCAUACAUUUUGGUGCCGUAGAUCAUCAUUAGUGCCUACAAAUCUAGGAUUCGCAUAUAAUAUUUCUGAAAAGAUCAUGGAUAUCUUGAUUGAAUAUACCAAUAGUUCCCUGAAGAUAUCCAAAAUAGAUCACAUCGUGAUACCGGAGUUUACAAUUAACGGAAUGGGAAAUUGGGGACUCAUCACUUAUGAUUAUUCAAAUCUUAUCUAUGAUAAAAAGAAGGAUUCAAUAUAUGGGAAAAUUUCAAUAACAAUGUUUAUAACACAUGAACUUGUACUUCAAUGGUUUGGCAACUUAGUCACUCCAGCUUGGUGGUCUUACCUAUGGUUAAGUGAAGGAAUUGCUUCGUUUAUCCAAAAAAUCGUAGUCAAAAAGAUUUUCAAAUUGCCAAUAAUGUAUCUAUUGGACAUAGAGGACAUACAACGAUGCUUACUUCAAGAUACAGGUUCAUUGAAUUCUGUCACAUUGAAGUUUUCAUUUGGUGAUACUGUAGAUGAAUUUCCGUCACGUUAUGCUACUGAAAUUUAUAACAAAUGUAAGAUAACUCAAUUUAGCACAGCCAUUCCGAACGAUUUGUGGAGCGCCAUGCAAAGUGCUCUAAACGAAUCUGAUAUCCCUCACGAAAACUAUACAAUAAAAGAAGUGAUGGAUACUUGGAUGAAUCAAGAACGUUAUCCUCUUGUACAUGUGGAGCGAAAUUACGAAACUGGCGAAGUAACAAUAUCACAAACAUGUGUUCGGCAAUAUGGUGAGACUGAGAAUAAAACUACUAAAUGGUGGAUCCCUAUAACUUUCGCUACACAAUCUAAUCCAGAUUUUUCCAAUACUGUACCUCGUUAUUGGUUACGACCAGAUCAACAUAACAUAAGCUUUAUAAUUAACUCAGAUGAUUGGAUUAUUGUUAAUUUGCAACUUAGUGGCUACUAUCGUGUUAAUUACGAUAUCAGGAAUUGGGAAAAAAUUUCACAUUACUUAAAUACUAAUGAAUAUGUGAAUAUACACGUUCUUAAUCGUGCUCAAAUCAUUGCUGAUUCGCAUGCCAUGGUAAUAGAUAAUCGAAUAAAUGGUUAUUUAUAUCUUCAACUGAUAAAUUACCUCAAGCGAGAUACAAAUGGUGUAGCAUGGCAACCAUUGUUAGAUAUUUUACAAACUAUAUCGAAGCCUCUCUUACUGCCAGAAAUGAAACAUGUCAAGAAACGCUACAAGCAACUCCUCCAUAAGUUUCUUCAGCAUAUAAAAUACAAAGGAAAUCGUAAUGAUGACGAUGUCACAAAAUUAAUAAGGCUAACCGCCUUAAAAUGUGCAUGUGAUUUCGGUAACAAGAAAUGCAAGAAAAUAAUCGCGCUUAAAUUAAACAGACAUGUUAUGAAUCCCAAAACUCACAAAAUUCUACGAGAAGAAAAAUUUAUGUACUGUACCGGUAUGAUGGCAGCCAAUAGCACUACUUGGAAUAAAAUGUUUGACAUAUAUAUAAAGAGAAAACUAAAAGAGGACCCAAAAAGAUUAUUGAAGGGCUUGAGUUGCGCUGAAAAUCCUAAUAUCAUCAUCAAAUCACUUAGUAUACCUGCAAUGGUAAAACUUAUUCUCGACAAUGUUUAUUUUUUUAAAGAAAUUGACAAAUAUCUCGAACUGAUCUGUUUUAGGUGGAAAAAUUCUUACAAACUAAUUUCAAACAAGAUCCAAAAAUUUUGUCUGAAUUUAAAAAACUGA